AUGAGGAAAUACGAAGACACUUGGGUGGUGGAUCGCACCAUGUUCGAAUACGUCAACCAGGGAGGCUGUAGCUGCUGUGGCGUGACGCACACAAUUAUGAACUUAGCGGAGUUCGCCAGCAAAUGCUCGGACUGGGAGACCGACGAUGAAAACAAGGAACAAUUUUCACCCUGGCCAACAUUCAUUCACGAGGAGAUUCUGACGGAGCGAGCUCGCUUGCGGGUGGCGAUGAAAGCUGACAUGAACAAGUACAAAGACUUUGUCGAUACCCACAUGAAGGGCUUUAUGGAUUGGUGGUCUCGACUGGGAGAAAACGCAAAGGCGAGGCAAGUUAGGACUACGUAUGACUUCGCGCUUUACUUUCGUGUCCAAACCAAGGUGAAAGGGUCCUAUGAGAUUCUGCUCUGUGCCAUCUUGGAGCAGAUCCGCCACUUCCAGGAGACAGGAUACACCGAUGGCCGAGUGGCAGCGGAGCUCUUCUUCGAGAAAAACCUUCACCAACGUGAGAGCUUUGUGCUCGACUCUCAGUACAUUGCGAAUGAAGCCGGCGACAAGAACUUCUUCGAAAUGCUGAAGAUUCUUGGCGGACCCAAAUUGCUCCCUGUUCGGACGGCACGUAACCCAAACGAAAAUACCGAAGCAGAGGCAGAGCAAGCAAAGAGCGAAAACAACGUGCAGAGCUUCCGCUCGGAUCGACGCUUGGUUCGUCUGGUGUUGUUCCGUAUUUUCGCUGACAUGGCGAUACGGAAGUACACGCGCGAAGUCGUGAACGCUGAGUCGAUCAACUGACAAGAUCCGUAAAACCCAGAAUUUCUGUUCUCAGAUGAAGGGAGCGAUUCCAGCAGGAGGAACCCGCCUGAUAACAACAAAUGAGUACAUUUGAGUUAGAAUGAGCCUA